AUGGGCCAGGUAGCAAGUAGGUUUGCAGGACUGUUUACGAGACCAUCUGCAAAUCUUCGUCCUGGCGAUGAUGAGGAUCCCGAGCAACAGCUAACAUUUGCUAAUGCAGCAGGGUCGUACUUUGGAUCCCAUUUUCUAAUGUGUGGUGGACGAUUUGACCUAGCGAAGCCAGAAGCUUUCUUGUUUGGUGAAAACAGCGACUUAGAUCUUCUAGGAAGUCGAUCAGUUCCGUUUCCCUACGCUUCUCCUCUUGGUAGUGAUGAAGUGCAUCCGCUUCAUCUGCUUAUUAACAUAAGGAAAGAGUCGGUGAAGUUUGUAAGGAUAAAGGACGAAAAUGGUUCACAAAGUGACACAAGUCUUUAUCGCUUGGAGUUUAUAUUAGAUGCUGAUUGUUCGUGUUUUGUUCAAAUUCAUUUUAAUGCUAGGGAGCUCUAUCAGGAUGGAGAGAUUCAAUUUGCUUACCGUAAUAAACGAGUGUCGUGUUCGGAUCGCUUCCAUUUUGAUACCGGUUCCGAACAGAUAUUCAACAAUUUCACUUUUGAUCCAUCAAAAUGGGACUUGGCUGACCUGACCUAUUCUGGUGGACUUUAUUUCCCAGUCGUAGUAGUAAUUCAAACCGAUGGUAUCGACCGACCACAAAUGCAAAGCACAAUGUGUACAGUCGAUGUUGCCAACGAUAGCAGUCAUGCGCUGAUUUUGAAACCUCUACGACAAAAAAUCGCAUGUGAUGGAGUUAUAUAUCUUCUUCAAGAAAUGUUUGGCAUUGAAAACAAAGAGCUAGCGCCUGAUGGAAAUGCUGACGAAUGUGGACUUGAGUGCAUAAUUUGUAUGAGUGACAUUCGUGACACUGUGAUAUUACCAUGCCGUCAUCUCUGUAUAUGUAAUAAUUGUGCGGAUACAUUGAGAUACAAGCUUAAUAAUUGCCCCAUUUGUCGCUCUCCAUUCCGUGCGCUGAUACAGCUUCGUGCCCGACGACAAACCCGUAAUCUUGGUUAUGAAACAGUAACCUUAGUGGAGGGCCUAAAUGGUCCUUUAAACCACCACUCUUAUGGAAAUAUUGAACAAGGCGGCAAAAAUCCGUCGGAGGCUUCUUCAGCAAAGAAAGGUCACUCUCGAGAACGAAGUCGUGCAAGUAAUAUCAUCAGUCAGAUUGUUACAAUCGACAGUGUUGGCGAGCUGGAGGAGACCAGUGAAGGAAUCGAAAUGAAGCGAUACCUCCCCAAAGAUGUCGUGCCACAAGAAGAAACUCCUGUGCUAUCAAAUGUUUCUUCAAGGAGUACUAGUCCCCAGUGUUAUGGGACUCCAGAAGAGACCGAGGUAGAAGUUGCGGCAGACAACGUCAAACCGGUCCCAUCUAAACGAGGUCUGCAAAUAGGCAGCAGUCAUUCAUCUAGCGGUCUUCUGAAGAAAGCAGAUGAGGGCGCUCAAAAAGAGACGGCUGCUGUGGAAGAGUGA